UGUUCGUGGAUUACGUGACGCUCUCUCGCCGAUGAGGUCAUCUCUGACGGAAAUACUUCGUGGUGGCCGUGCCCGAGCCCGGACGUGGGUGUUUCCUUCCAGACUGGUUCGCAGUGUGUUGUUUCUGGAUUUGAUGGAAGAGAUGUCAGGAGACAGUGUGCUGAGCUCGGCAGUGCCGGCGGCAUCGACCCGGACCACCUCCUUCAAGGGCUCGAGCCCCAGCUCCAAGUAUGUGAAGCUGAAUGUGGGGGGGGCGCUCUACUACACCACCAUGCAGACCCUCACCAAGCAGGACACCAUGCUGAAGGCCAUGUUCAGUGGCAGGAUGGAGGUGCUCACAGACAGUGAAGGAUGGAUCCUUAUUGACCGCUGUGGGAAGCACUUUGGGGCCGUCCUGAAUUACCUGCGUGAUGGAGCGGUGCCCCUGCCUGAGAGUAGGCGAGAGAUUGAAGAGCUGCUUGCUGAGGCCAAAUACUACCUUGUGCAGGGGCUGGCAGACGAGUGUCAGGCAGCACUGCAGAACAAGGACACGUACGAACCAUUCUGUAAGGUCCCUGUGAUUACAUCAAGCAAAGAGGAACAGAGACUGAUAGCCACCUCUAACAAGCCUGCUGUUAAGCUGCUGUAUAACAGAAGCAACAACAAAUACUCUUACACCAGUAACUCGGACGACAACAUGCUGAAGAACAUUGAGUUGUUUGACAAGCUGUCCCUACGCUUCAACGGCAGGGUCCUCUUUAUCAAGGACGUCCUGGGGGACGAGAUCUGCUGCUGGUCCUUCUACGGGCAGGGCCGCAAGAUCGCUGAGGUCUGCUGCACCUCCAUCGUGUACGCCACUGAGAAGAAACAGACCAAGGUGGAGUUCCCCGAGGCUCGAAUCUAUGAGGAGACUCUCAAUAUCCUUCUGUACGAGGCGCAGGACGGGCGCGGUCCAGACAAUGCUCUGCUGGAGGCGACAGGGGGCGCUGCGGGGCGGUCAAGUCACCUGGACGAGGACGAAGAGAGGGAACGCAUUGAGCGAGUGAGGAGGAUCCAUGUGAAACGGCCGGAUGACAGGACACACCUCCACCAGUGAGAGGAACCGGCCGACCUUCCACUACCAGCGCAGUUCACCUCCACUUAUACUGCAUCUCCUGCAAACGCUCCCCACUGGGAUUCUUGCAAAGGUAAAAGACAGCAACUGUUCAUGGCUGUCUGCCAUCUUAAUGAGUCUUUCCUAUUACAGUUACUAUAUGAACUCCCAUAUUCAAUACAAUCACUGCUUUCUGCCUUUGUCCAGAGAUACUGAAUUUGACCUUCGGUUGUGUAAUUUUUAAAGGAAAUGAAUGUUUGUUGCUGUCUUUUGCCUAUGGAAGGCACUGUGCUGCCUGUAAAGAUGGGAUCAUAACUCACUUAAACUAAGACAUGUUAGCAGCCUAUGCUUAUGAUAGGUAUGUGACAUGGGGUAUGGAACACUUUAUAGAAUUCGCACGUCAGUCAGUAAUUUUGUGAUGGAGGCUGAGUUGUUUUUUUUUUUGUUAGUGUGUCUACAGGAUUAGAGCCUGCCUUAGAGGUGCACACAUCCUUUCUGCUUCCAGACUGAUUCUCAGAAUAGGAAAGGGUCAUGUGUUUCAGGGGUAACACAAGAUAGUCCUUUGUUGGUGGGAAGGUGAAUCUGUGUUUGUAUGUGUGUACAGAGAGAAUGUACAUAAACAUGCAGAUUGUUCAGUGUAUACACACAGUGUAGCAGCAGUUUUAAAUGGUUUGAUUUGGGGUCGAGACGUAUCAAAAGCCAGAAAGAAUGCACAUGAGCAUUAACAAGACUGAAUGCAUUUGAGUCGUUUUCUGUAAGGUCCACCUAAUUCCUACUUUUAAUACACCUUGUAUAUAAUAUUUCAAUGCUUUGAGAUGCUGAAGUAAAGAUUAAAAUGCGGUUGAAAAUAAGCAAAUAGUAAUGGUUGGAAGACAACUGGACGUUGCUGGUUUUUUUUUUUUUUUUUUUUUUACAAAAA